AUGGCGCCAGUUAAGCGCAAGGGGAAUGCCCCCGAAGAAACGGCUGCUCGCCAGCCACAGAAGCGCGCCAAGGUUGGAACCGAAGAGCGCAAAAAUGAGCAGAAGCCCAGAGACACCGCCCCGAAGGCUUCGGAGCUCUCUGUUCUCCGCGACGACGAACCAUCAUUCCCUCGUGGCGGUGGCAGCGUUCUGACCCCGCUGGAGCGCAAGCAAAUCCAAAUCCAGGCCCACAAAGAUGUUCUGUUCGAGCAAAAGGGUCCCAAGGGUCCCAAGAAGCCGUCUCGCGAAUUUGACGACAGCGACGACGAAGACGAAAAUGAUGUCGAUAUGGAAGACGCCGACACUGCGGCUCCUGCAAAGAAGUCGCGCAAGAAGAAGACCAAGGGAAAGAAGUCUAACAAGGAGGACAAGGCUGAGAAGGAAGGCGUUCGCAUUGAGCCUCUCACCUACAAGCGUAUCGUCCCCGGUUCCAUGAUUUUGGGUCAAGUUUCGAGCAUCAACGCCCACGAUAUUGCCCUUUCCCUGCCCAACAACCUUGUCGGCUACGUUCCCCUCACCUCAGUGUCGAAGAAACUCGAAGAGCGGAUUGAGAAGCUGCUCAACGAAGAAGAGGACGACGACGACGAUAGCUCGGACGAAAUCUCUUUCGAUCUCAAGGACCACUUCUAUAUCGGUCAAUAUCUGCGAGCGUAUGUCGUUUCCACCGGCACCGAUGCCACCGAGACUGGUGGUCGCGGCAAAAAACGCAUUGAAUUGUCAAUCGACCCAAGACAGACCAACUCUGGCCUCUCGAAAUCUGACCUAGUUGUGGAAACGGCUGUUCAGGCUUCGGUCGUCAGCGUGGAAGAUCACGGUCUUGUGAUGGACCUUGGUAUUGAGGGCUCGGACCUGAGGGGUUUCAUGGGCUCCAAGGAGAUUGAUACUCACGUCGACUACUCAUCAAUCAAAGAGGGUACAGUCUUCUUGUGUAUUGUCACUGGCCAGAAUGCCAGCGGCAAUGUCAUUAAGCUCUCGGCCAAUCUUAAACACUCUAUCAAGAAGUCCCACUUCCUUGCUGCCGCUCCUACUAUCAACUCUUAUCUCCCCGGUGUUGCUGCAGAGAUUCUUCUGACUGAAGUUACCACCAACGGCAUGAUCGGUAAAAUCAUGGGUAUGCUUGAUACGACCGUCGAUCUGGUCCAAUCCGGUGCCACUGAUGGAAUGCUCGAUUUGGAGCGUAAGUUCAAGAUUGGUGCCAAGAUCAAGGGUCGCAUUAUUUCAACCUUCCCUUCUGCCGAGCCUUAUAAAAUUGGUUUCUCCAUGUUGGACCAUGUUCUCAAGCUUUCCCCGGAUGGCCACGGCCCUGGUUCGUCUGAAGAUGCUCCUGCCGUCUCUGCCAUCGUUCCGGAGACCACUGUUGUGAAGGUCGACCCUGGUAUGGGUAUUUAUGUGCAGAUUGGCGAGACCAAGCAAGUUGGAUUUGUUCAUAUCUCGCGACUUUCUGACGGAAAAGUCGAGUCGAUCUCGGAUGAUUCAGGUCCAUUCAAGGUUGGAUCCACCCACGAAGCUCGUGUCGUCGGUUACAACAUGAUCGACAACCUCUACCUUCUUUCUUUCGAGCAGAGUGUCAUUGAGCAGCCCUUCCUGCGCAUCGAAGAUGUCUCCGUCGGAGCCAUUGUCAAGGGUAAGGUCGAGAAGCUCCUGAUCGGUUCCACCGGCAUGGAUGGUCUUAUUGUUAGCCUGGCUGAUGGUAUCACCGGUUUGGUUCCGUCUAUGCACUUUGCCGACGCCAAGUUGCAAUUCCCCGAGAAGAAAUUCCGCGAGGGGAUGAAGGUCUCUGCCCGAAUUCUGUCCGUGAACCUCGAGAAGCGUCAGAUCCGUUUGACUCUGAAGAAGAGUCUGCUGAACAGUGAGUCCGCUGUCUGGAAGGACUACAAGGAUAUCGUCGCUGGUGCCCAGUCUCCUGGUACCAUUGUGAGUCUGCAGCAUCACGGUGCGGUUGUUCAGUUCUACGGUGAUGUCCGCGGUUUCCUCCCCGUCUCCGAGAUGAGUGAGGCCUAUAUCAAGGAUCCCGCUAUGCAUUUUAGACUGGGACAGGUCGUUAAUGUCCACGCCCUGAGCGUUGAUGCUGCCCAGGGCAGACUUGCUGUUUCUUGCAAGGACCCGUCUUCUUUCACCGAGCAAUACCGCAAGGCCUUCGACGAUAUCCACCCAGGCAUUCUUGUAACCGGAACCGUCUUCGAAAAGUCCAAUGAUGACGUCCUUCUCAAGCUUGACGAGUCUGGUCUAGUCGCUCGCCUUGACGUUCAGCACAUCAUCGACGGAGCCCCUUCGAAGCAGAGUGCCACCCUCUCCAAGAUUCGCGUUGGUCAAAAGCUCAACGACCUUCUGGUCCUUGACAUCCAGCGCGCACACCGCCUCAUUCGAGUUUCUGGCCGUUCCAGCUUGAAGAAGGCCGCCAACAAGAGCAUGCCUGCCAAGUUCGAGGAUGUGCAGGAGGGUGCCACUGUCACUGGUUUCAUCCGCAACAUCACCCCUGAUGGACUGUUCAUUGAGUUCCUGGGUGGUCUUACUGGUCUCCUCCCCAAGCGUCUUAUUGAGGAGGCCAAUCUCUCUCGUCCCCAUUUUGGCAUGUCGAAGGGACAGGUCAUUUCCGUGACAAUCCACUCCGUCGACAUGGACUUCCAGCGGUUUAUUCUCAGCCAAAAGGCCUCCGAGGCUACUCACGCCGGCCCCAAGCCGACCAAGUCUCCUACACAGACCGAUGAUGCCCUUUCAAACCCUGUCGACGAGAAUGUCAAGACCAUGUCUGACUUUACAUUCGGACGUGUUGUCAAGUGCAAGGUUGCCUCUAUCAAGUCUACUCAGGUCAACGUGCAACUGGCGGACAACAUCCAGGGACGCAUUGACGUUUCGGAGAUUUUCGACAAGUGGGAGGAAUUCAAGGACCGCAAGCAACCCCUGCGUUUCUUCAAGGCCAAGCAGGUCCUGUCCGCUCGGAUCCUCGGUGUCCACGAUGCUCGCAGCCACAAGUUCCUGCCCAUCUCUCACCGUAGUGGCAAGUAUCCCGUGUUCGAGCUGUCUGUCAAGCCCAGCUUCAUGAAGGCUGCCAACCCUGUCCCGUUGAACCUUGAGCAGGUCCAGGUCGGAUCUUCCUGGAUGGGGUUCGUCAACAACGUCGCUGAUGACUGCCUCUGGAUCAACUUAUCGCCCAAUGUGCGCGGCAGACUCAACUUCAUGGAUGCUUCGGACGACCUGUCUCUCCUGACUGAUGUCGAGAAGAACUUCCCUAUCGGAUCUGCGUUGAAGGUUCAGGUCACUGCGGUCAAUGCUGAUAAGGGACACCUGGAUCUGUCUGCCAAGCAGGGCUUCGACAAGCUCUCGUUCGGAGACGUCUCCGUCGGCAUGAUUCUCCCUGGUCGCGUGACCAAGGUCACCGAAAAGCAGGUGAUCAUGCAGCUCGGCGAGGCCCUCGUCGCUGCUGUCAACCUCAUUGAUAUGGCCGAUGACUACUCGAAGGCCAACCCCACCAUUUACCGCAAGAACGAGAUUCUUCGAGCCUACGUUGUUGGCGUCGACAAGGCCAACAAGAAGAUUCACCUGUCUCUUCGCCCAUCAAAGGUCCUGAGCUCUUCGCUCCCUGUGCAGGACCGCGAGAUCAACUCGAUCAAGGAUGUCAAGCCCAAUGAGAUCAUCCGUGGUUUCGUCAAGCGUGUUGCCGACGCUGGUCUUUUCGUGUCUGUUGGUCACGGUGUUACUGCCUACGUCCGUGUUUCUGAUCUCUCCGACUCUUACUUGAAGGAGUGGAAGGACGCAUUCCAAACUGACCAGCUGGUCAAGGGCCGUGUCACUCUGGUGGAUGCUGCCCAGAACAAGUUGCAGCUCAGCUUGAAGGAGUCUCUCCUCGACCCUAAUUACAAGGCUCCAGUGACCCUGCAGGAUCUCAAGGUUGGCCAGAUCGUGACUGGAAAAGUCCGCAAGGUUGAGGAGUUCGGUGCCUUCAUCGUCAUCGACAAGUCUUCUAAUGUCAGCGGUCUCUGCCACCGUAGCGAGAUGGCUGACAAGCGUAUCGAGGAUGCUCGCACCCUGUACGAUGAGGGUGACGCUGUCAAGGCCAAGAUCAUCAAGAUCGACCGUGAUUCCAAAAAGAUCUCUUUUUCUUUGAAGGCUUCUCACUUCCAGGACGAGGCGGACGAGAGUGAAGACGAGGGCGAAUUAGAGAUGAGCGAGGAUGGCCCUGGUGGAGUCGAGCUGGAGGGCCACAGCGAUGAUGACGAUGUCUCUAUGGGGGGUGUCGAUGUCGAAGAAGGUAGCGAGGAGGAUGAGGAGGACGAGGACGAGGAAGACAGCGAUGUCGACGAGUCCACCAAGCCUUCCAAGGAGGGUGGUCUCGGCGCCAGUGGCUUCGACUGGAGCGGCAACGUCCAGGUCGACGAUAAGGCGGCUGCCUUGGACAGUGACGACGAGGAGGACUCCAAGAAGAAAAAGAAGAAGAACCGCAAGCCCGAGAUCGAGGUUGACCGUACGGGCGAGCUGGAUGCCAAUGGCCCUCAGACCGUUGCCGACUACGAGCGUCUCCUCAUGGGUGAGCCCGACUCUUCUCUUCUUUGGCUGCAAUACAUGGCCUUCCAGCUGGAGCUUGGUGAGGUCGACAAGGCCCGGACCAUUGCUGAGCGUGCUCUUCGCACCAUCACCAUGGGCCAAGAUGCCGAGAAGCUGAACAUCUGGGUUGCUCUGCUAAACUUGGAGAACACCUAUGGCAACGACGACACCCUCGAUGAGGCGUUCCAGCGUGCCUGUCAGUACCAGGACCCUCAGCAGAUGUACGAGAAGAUGGCCUCCAUUUUCAUCAGCUCUGGCAAGAACGAGAAAGCGGACGAUAUCUUCCGCACCGCGAUGAAGAAGAAGAUCUCGAACCAGUCCCCCAGCUUCUUCCUGAACUACGCAACUUUCCUGUUCGACACCCUCGCCAACCCCGAGCGCGGCCGCGGCCUGCUCGCGCGUGCUCUGCAGUCGCUCCCGACCCACACCCACGUCGAGACGACCACCAAGUUCGCUCAGCUGGAGUACCGCUCUGCCAAUGGUGAUAUUGAGCGCGGGCGUACCGUUUUCGAGGGCCUGCUCUCCUCGUUUCCCAAGCGCAUUGACCUGUGGAACGUCCUGCUUGAUUUGGAAAUCAAGAACGGUGACGCGGAUCAGGUGCGCCGUCUGUUUGAGCGUGUGCUCGGCCUGUCGCACAAGAAGGGUGCUGUCAGCAUCGACUCCAGCAAGAAGCUGAAGCCCAAGCAGGCCAAGUUCCUGUUCAAGAAGUGGCUCGCCUUUGAGGAGAAGCUUGUUGCCGCGGGUGGGGACGAGAAGAUGGUGGAGGAGACCAAGGCGCGGGCGGCGGCCUACGUCAAGUCUCUGCAGGAGGAGUAA